GUAUCCAUCUCUUUCUGUACAGUGUUCAGCGAAUUUAAUGGAUCUGUUGGUUGACAGACAACAGCAAUAGCAAUCGAUAGCAAACAACUAAACACUCUCUCUCUCUCUAGAAAAACUCUCUGCUCUGCUAGGUACUGUAACUCCCAUCAGCUAGUUAUAACUGUCCCCCCUUUAUACUUACACUCUGAAAAAUCUUUCUCUAUCUUAAUUAAUACAACUCCAUAAUUAAGAUCUAGGGUUUCUCUAUUUCAUUUCAUGAUCCCCUUAUUCAGAUCAAUACAUGAUGAUAACAUACAUUUGUUAAGUUUUGAUUAAAAAUUGAGAUCAUCGAUGAAUCCGUUAUGCUGUAUAGCACCAGUAUCAAUAGAAAGAGAUCGAAGUAAUAAUCCAUCCGUUGUAAAAACAUCGACAGAUUCAUCACCAUUAUCAAUAGGGUAUGAGAACGCAUCAUCAAAUGUUAAUAGAAAUAAUAAUGGGAUUGGAUCAAAUAAACAACAAACAUAUUCGGCUCAAGUAUCAUCAGUAGGUACAGAUUAUGAUUUUCCACCACCGUAUACAAUAGAUCAUCAUGAUUUAGCAACAGUAAGUGAAUCAGUUAGAGGAGAUCAUUCGUGUUUUGGGAAUGGGAGUAAUAGUGUCGCUGGGAUUUUAUAUAAAUGGGUUAAUUAUGGGAAAGGAUGGAGAUCUAGAUGGUUUAUGCUUGAAGAUGGGGUUCUUUCUUAUUAUAAGAUACAUGGUCCUCAUAAAAUAUCAAUGAAUUCUGCUAGAGAAAAGGGAGCUAAAGUUAUUGGGCAAGAGUCUAUGAGGUAUAUGAGAAAGGCUACUAGUUUUACUAAUGGUUUAUCAAGAUCUUCUUCCUCCAAGCGUUGGAAACCCUUGGGAGAAAUACAUUUGAAGGUUUCUUCAAUUCGUGCGAGCAAGUCAGAUGAUAAAAGACUUUCCAUUUUUUCGGGAACUAAGACUCUACAUUUGCGGUGUGUAUCUAGAGAGGACAGGGCCAAAUGGAUUGAGGCUCUGCUGUCAGCUAAAGAUCUUUUUCCUAGAAUUUUGACAAGCAGCGACUUCGCACCCUCUGAAGACAUUGUUGUUUCAACCGAGAAGCUACGAUCACGACUCCUGCAGGAAAGAUUGAGUGAAACAGUUGUUGGAGACUGUGAAUCAAUUAUGCUCUCUGAACUCUCUGAGCUGCAAAAUCAGCUGAAGGGUCUUCAGCGUAAACAUAUUGCCCUGCUUGACACAUUGAGGCAGUUGGAGACAGAGAAAGUAGAGCUGGAAACCACUGUGGUCGAUGAAACUAAGGGACGCAAGUCAUACUGCGGACCAGCAAAUGGAAGAUUGAGUGAUUUCUAUUCCAUCAUGUCAGAGGGCAGUGGAAGUGAUUCUGAUGCAUGUAAUGAGAGUCAAGAUGGAGGGGAUGCCGAGUCAGAUGAGGAAGAUGGCAUAUUUUUUGAUACAAGGGAUUUUUUGUCCGCAGAGUCUCUGAGAAGUGUUUCGUACCGUUCAAGGGAGGGCACAGGAAAUGCCUGUAAUUCCUUAACAAAUGACAAGGAUUCUUUCUUUUCUGACCAUAUCCGUGAGGUUGAUUUGGAGAUUAAGACAGUAUAUUAUCCCCAUGUCAAGAGAAGAGAUAGAUUGCCUGAACCAAAAGAAAAGGAGAAGCCUAUUGGUCUGUGGUCUAUAAUAAAAGAUAAUAUCGGAAAAGAUUUGUCUGGAGUUUGCCUCCCUGUUUACUUCAAUGAGCCACUCUCUUCAUUACAGAAGUGCUUUGAGGAUUUGGAGUAUUCAUAUUUGGUUGAUCGAGCCCUAGAAUGGGGCAAGCAGGGAAAUAGCUUGUUGAGAAUCCUAAAUAUUGCGGCAUUUGCAGUGUCGGGUUAUGCUUCAACAGAAGGUCGGCACUGCAAGCCUUUCAACCCUCUCCUUGGGGAGACUUAUGAGGCUGAUUAUCCAGACAAAGGUCUUCGCUUCUUCUCUGAAAAGGUGAGUCACCACCCUACAAUCGUUGCUUGUCAUUGUGAUGGAAGAGGCUGGAAGUUCUGGGCAGACUCUAACCUGAAAGGGAAGUUUUGGGGGCGUUCAAUCCAGCUUGACCCUGUUGGAGUUCUUUCACUGCAGUUUGAAGAUGGAGAGAUGUUUCAAUGGAGCAAGGUUACCACUUCCAUCUAUAACAUCAUCCUUGGUAAAAUCUACUGUGAUCAUUAUGGGACUAUGCGAGUAAAGGGGAGUGGUGAUUACUCGUGCAAGUUGAAAUUCAAAGAACAAUCUGUAAUUGAUCGAAACCCUCACCAGGUUCAAGGAUUCGUUCAAGAUAAUAGAACUGGACAGAAGGUAGCUAUGUUAGUAGGGAAGUGGGAUGAAGCAAUGUACUAUGUUCUAGGAGAUCCGACUACAAAGCCGAAGGGAUACGACCCCAUGUCAGAAGCUGUGCUUUUGUGGGAGCGAGAAAAAUCUGUUACCCUGACUAGAUAUAAUCUCACACCCUUUGCAAUCUCUUUGAACGAAUUGACACCUGGUCUACAACAAAUAUUGCCUCCAACUGACUCAAGACUCAGACCAGAUCAAAGGCACUUGGAGAAUGGUGAAUAUGAGUUGGCAAAUGCAGAGAAACUAAGGCUUGAGCAGCUACAAAGACAGGCGAGGAGGUUGCAGGAAAGAGGAUGGCAACCGAAAUGGUUCAGGAAGGGUAAGGAAGAUGAUUGUUACAGGUAUGUAGGUGGAUACUGGGAAGCAAGGGAGAAUAAAAAAUGGGACGAGAUUCCAGAUAUUUUUGGUCAGAGUAGUACAGAUGGUUCUCCCUGCUUGGAAGAAGAUGAAAUGCGUCAUGCACAAUUUUCGUCAAGUCGAGCAUUAACAUGGGAACCGAGUACUCAUCAAAUGUUGUAAGGCAGUAGGGACAUUUGUAAGUUUGUUAAGGAAGUGGUCAUAUUAUUUAUGUGCGACUCCUAUUUUCCGUAAAUUAGAUUUGUAUGUAUAUCCAUAUUAUCAUGCUUAAUAUUAGUAGUAGUGGUGAUCAUAAAUCGUUCGUUUUCUCCUUUUUAA